AUGGCCGCCAAUCAACCACGUUCUACUGUCUCCGGCGAGCAACCUCGUCCUCCAUCUCCUACCUCCACGUUCUACGCUCACACCUCUGCCCCACGCGUGAAUACAGACGCCACGCUUCACGCAUCCAUCCGCGCCGCCCAUCCCACCAGCACGAUCACCAUCAUCCCCGAGUUCAACUCCCCUUUCAAGCUCUAUGCCCAAGCCACCUCCAACGCAACCAUCACUCCCCUUUCCCCAGACUCUACACUCUCUUGGCUCCUCUACUUUCCCCCACCCCGACGUCUCGACGGCGGAGCUGGCGUACUGGCAACCGAGACUUUCUACGAGGUCUACCUCCUGCACUACAAAUCCGCCGAGUUCCUAGUCUACUUCGCCGACGGGCGCGACGGCACAAGCCCGUACCCACAGAUUCGUAAUCAGUACGUCGUCAGCACCGCCUCCGACGCCGCGGGCCCGCUCACCACGCUGGUGCGCGAGGCGGGCCAGUGGCUCAGCGCACUGAACGAGGAGAUCUGGGUCUUCGACCAGGGCUACUGGCAGAAGGACGCGGAGUUGUACCACAACAUCAUGCAAUCCACCUGGGACAACGUCAUCCUGCACGAGGAGCUCAAGGACGACCUCAUCAGCACUGUGUCCCGCUUCUUCGACUCGCGCGACGACUAUGACCGUCUGGGCGUACCGUGGAAGCGCGGCUUGAUCUUCUACGGCCCUCCCGGUAAUGGUAAGACGGUCAGCAUCAAGGCGACGAUGCACACACUCUAUAAACGUAGAGCCGCCGUGCCGUCACUAUACGUCAAGAGCCUCCAGAGUUUCGCGGGGCCGGAGUACAGCAUCAGCGCCAUUUUCGGACGCGCACGCGCUGAGGCGCCCUGCUACUUGGUGUUCGAGGAUCUGGAUAGCAUGGUCACCGACGACGUCCGCAGCUUCUUCCUGAACGCCGUGGACGGCUUGGCCAUCAAUGAGGGCGUUCUGAUGGUAGGCAGUACCAACCAUCUGGAACGCUUGGAUCCGGGCAUCGCGAAGCGCCCGAGUCGCUUCGAUCGCAAGUAUUUGUUUGAUGAUCCGGAUAAGGAGUUGCGGACUAGAUAUGCGGAGUUUUGGCGGAAGAAGGUGAGGGAUGCCGGCGAGGGGAAGGGAACGGAAGGUGUCCAUGACCGGAAGGAGAAAGAGGGCGAAGUCGAAUUCCCCAAGGUCCUGUGCGAGAAGAUCGCCGGCAUCACCGACGGCUUCAGCUUCGCGUACAUGCAGGAAGCGUUCGUGAGCGCGCUGCUGGUCAUUGCGACGAGGCAGCGGGAGGGCACGGACUCGAGAGGAGACGAGGUGAAGAUGUUGGGGGAGCAGUGGGAGUUGUUGGACCUAGAGGAGAACGAGAAGGCUAGUGAUGGUGGGAAUGGUGAUGAUGGUGAUGAUAAAGACCUGGACAAGUACGUCUUGUGGAGGGAGAUCAAGAAGCAGGUCGAGACGCUGAGAAAGGAGAUGGAUAAGAAGAAGGGAGAUUGA